UUUUAAAACAAUAUUUUUUCAUAUGAACUAAAAAGUUAUUAUUAUCCAAAUAUCUCAAUCCACGCUCGCAGUGGCUCUAUGAGCCCGACACAUCAUCUACCGAGCUGGAGAGCUCCAUUAAGACCCGAUUAUCGCCGAGUCGCCGCCGACGUUUCCACCGGCACUCAGUUUCUCGGCACCUCUCGUUUAGCCCGUUUCCACAACGGCACUCUCAUUUGUAUCCCUCUCUAGAACUCCUGCCAUAUCUUUCUAGAACCGCAUAAAUCGGGUGGCGGUUUCAGUUUUCCGCUUCAAGUGUACGAGCGCGGCGACAUUCAGCAGAAUUCUUGCCGGCUGUGCGUUGAUGUUUCUGCCACUUUCGAUCUCACAUCUCGAUGGUAGAUCAAUAGAAUCUGAAUUCAGAAGGGUAAAAGUCACGCUCCUGAGGAACAUUUUUCAGGAUGCUUGGGAAGAGUAGUGAAACUUUUUGACUUGAAUAUUGGGGUUGCAGGAAACAAGUUGCUGAUGGAUAAGCCAUAUCAAGAAGGAUUUCAUGCAAGGGGCAAAUCCAACAUGGCAAGCCUGUCUCCAUUACAGGAUCGAAUUGAGGAUAAAGUGGUUGUGGCAAAAUCGAGUGGAACAAUUUCAAACAGGAAAUCAAAGGGAACACCAAUGAAGAUGCUCAUUGCCCAAGAAAUGUCCAAAGAUAUUAACAAUAAGUAUAAUCCACCAAGUGUUGUAGCCAAGCUGAUGGGGCUUGACACUCUUCCUUCUCAGCAACCUGACUCUUCUAGACAAAGAGACUGUGCUGGUGGUAGUGCACGUGUUCAUGCUGACACACAGUUGAGUUAUUGCAGUUGUAGCAGAAAUGGAACAUUAAAUGCAGAAUUGUGUCAUGAGUUUCAUCAAUACACAAAACAAAAUCACUGCAAAGAUGUUUAUGAAGUUUGGCAGCAUCCACAGAAGAGAUCUCUGAGAAACACAGUUUCAGAAAGUAGGUGUGUUGAGAAGGAUAAAAGGAUAGAUUAUGUGCGCCAGAAGUUCUUGGAAGCAAAAUCCUUAUCUAUAGAUGAAAAAUGUCAUCAGACUAAUCAAUUCCGAGAUGCGUUGGAGGUUCUGAGCUCCAAUACCGAUUUGUUCCUGAAGUUCUUACAAGAACCAAAUCCCAAGUUUCCCCAGCAGAUAUCCAGUCUACCGUCUAGUCCUUCUCCUAGUGAUAUAAAACGGAUAACUGUACUUAGACCUUCCAAGAUAGUAGAUAACCCUACUUUUUCUGGAAAGGAAAUGAAUGAAAAACAAGAGAACGAAGCCAACCAGGUCAGCCAAUUGAAAAGAGUGGAUGAAAUACGUCUGGCUCAUUCUGCUUCUACAGCUAGCUGCAGUGGUGAUGGAAAUUCCACUCAACUAACUCGAAUAGUAGUACUAAAACCUAGCACUUGCAAGUCACGCAACCUAAAGGAUGUGAACUCUUCACUAUACUUACCAUUGGCAGGGUUACAUCAUGAAAAUGUGUUGGAAUUCCCUGAAAAUAAAGAUGCUCCAGAAUCAAGAGAACUGCCGAGUGAAAUUACACUUCCGAGACAUAAAAACUAUAUCGGGCAUGAAAGGGAUGGCACAUUGUUCUCUUCUGGGUCUCCAGAUGGCUAUACUAGUGAUGAGAGUUCCUUCAACAGGUCAGAAAAUGAGCAUGCUAUGGGGAACCUGUGUAAUUCAGAAGUCAUGUCACCGGCUUCGAGGCAUUCAUGGGACUUUAUUAAUAGGGUUAGAAGUCCUCAUUCACCUUAUUCUCCAGAAUCUCCAGUUUCCAGAGAAGCAAAAAAACGACUUUCUGAAAGAUGGGCCAUGGUUGCAUCCAAUGGAGUUCGCCAAGAACCAAGACCUCUCUGGAGAAGCUCCAGUACAUUAGGUGAAAUGCUUUCUCUUUCUGAUACAAACAAAUCAGGGAACCUUGAAGAAGGACGGGAUAAAGAGCCAAGGCAAUUGAAUUCCAUCCAAUUCAGAUAUCCAAAUAUGAUGGAAGCUGGGGACAACUCUCCAAGUAAACUUUUGAGGUCAAAUUCUCUCCCUGUAUCAUCUACUGUGUUUUCUUCCCAAUUGAAAGCAGAAAUCUCAGAAUCAGGGGCAGUAAAGACAGAACCUGUAGAGGAGACAAUAAAUGAAAGAAGCAUAAAAUCAUCAUUCAAAGGGAGAUUUUCAGGUUUGUUCUCAAGGAACAAGAAGCCUAGCAAGCAAAAGGUUGGCAUUUCAAACACUGACGAUGAAUCUCAUUUUGGUGACAAACAUUUAGAUUCUCCUGGAGAAGUAGGUUAUGAUGUGAAUCACUGCCUUAAUAACAGUGGGGAUGAGUAUUUAUCUCCUUAUAUACAUGGCUCAUCAUGCAAAAAAACUUCUUCAGGCUUGAAUGAAAAGCAAGGCAUUAGUUAUUCUGAGGUUGAACAUGCACCAUCUGUCAAAAGGGAUAUGUGUUCUGGAAAUUUUAAUGGGAACCAAGAUCAACCAAGUCCGGUUUCGGUUCUGGAUACAUCAUUCGAGGAGGAUGGAUGCGUAAUCUUACACAAUGUCAAACCUUAUGGGGAGUUGCGCGUUCACUCAGUCAGGUCCAAUUUAAUCGACAAAUCCCCGCCAAUAGGUUCUAUUGCCCGCACCCUAGUAGCAUGGGAUGAUUCCUGGUUGUUAGAUACGGCAACCUCUUUUUCACUGAUGCCGUCCUCAACCCAAAGGACCGAAGAAGAACGUGAGUGGUUCUACUAUGUCCAGACAAUACUAUCAGAGGCUGGCCUCGACCAAGUGCAAUAUAAUUCAUUCAUCUCAAGAUGGCAUUCACCAGAGAGCCUGUUGGACCCAUCCCUUAGAGACAAGUAUAUUGAUUCACAUGAGGAGGAGUCAUUACAUGAGGCUAGGAACAAGGAAAGGAGAUUAAUCAGAAAGCUGAUCUUUGAUUGUGUUAAUUCAGUGUUGAUGGAUAUUACUUGCCAAUACACAUAUCCUUGUAAUAGUGUAAUGUUAGUGGACCAUGUGUGGGAGCAAAUGAAGGAAUGGUUUUCUUGGAAUAUGGUGUGUACAUCUGGUUAUGAUGAAGAUGGAAACAGCCUCAUAGUGGAAAACAUGGUAGCGAAUGAGAUUGUAAAGAAGGGAUGGAUUCAUUGUUGGAAAUUAGAAUGGGAAAGUAUUGGAAAGGAAAUUGAAGGAAAAUUGUUAGAAGAGAUGGUGUGUGAAGCACUGGUCGAAAUGAUAAACUAGAAUGUGAUGGUUUUACUUCGUUGAUCUGUGUAUCAGCAUUUCCUUUCUUAUAUCACAACGGUAUUAUAUUUGUAAAUCAUGUUUCAUAUUAAUAUAUAUAAUGAUGUUUUGCUAAGAGUAUCCUCUUUUGUUCUCUGUGAACUUUGCCUUACUUUCAAGAGGUAAUAAGUGAAUAUAUCAUGUCGUGUAGAUUGAAUUUGUGAUAUUUUAUAAUUUUAUAAAGGGAAAUUGUCCUAAA